ACCGGCGGAUUAAGCUCGCUUUCUUCUAGGCGCGUGUCCUGAAGGUGGGAGGGGAGCGUCCGCGAGGCGCUGGGGCGACGGGGCAGGUUUAUCCGGGCUAACUUUGCCGAGUCUGUUUUUGAGGGAAGAGGUUGUGAGGAUCGUAUCUUCCGGGACGCGUUUCACGUGGGAAGGCGCUCCACGCCUUGAACUGUCAGCAGCCGGCGCCUGAAGAGCUCCUGCCGCGGGCGGGCGCGGGGCCUCUGGCCUGGCAGCCGCAGGACCCAAUGGAUCAGGCGCUCACGCUGUUGUCACUGCAUGGCUUCAGUGCCUUGCCUGGCACCUCCUAUCCUGUAACUGGCCGACUCGGGGUCCCACCCAGGCUUCUCCAGCGGCCGGGAAGGGGCUCUGCUUCCGGAAGUGUUUAGGAAGGGAGCCAGCGUAAAGCAGGAGUCCCUUCCUCCAAGCAUCGCUGAAGCCUUUUCUCCCCUGGCAGCCGACUUCUUUUUCUUUGGAAAGGACGUCAGGUUUUUUAGCUUGUUGAAACUGUUCAGAGAUGCGGUCUUGUGGGCAAAUAAAUGCCUGUUUAGCUGAGCUGUUAUUUUCAGCUAAGAAGUUCUUCAAGUUUUCAAGAUCUAGGAGGGGGUGUAGGCUCGAAUUAUAAUGGACCCAGUGUAGCAAAACAUUUAUUCGUUUAAACAAUUGUGCAUGCUCAUUCAGACGCACUACCUGAGUGAGAUGAUGCCGUUCUGGGCUGCUUCAUCUUAAAGAGAGUCACUGUUUCUUCUGGCAACUUCUACCUGCCUUGCCUAUCGAGGUUUGUGAAUUGCACCUCUGGUUUAAUUUCAGGUCGAUGGCCAGGUGGUCUUCAUAAACUAUACUGCCUUGUGAUGCCUCCCUAGAAAUGAGAGGUGAGUCCUUUCCAAACGAGGAUUCUAGGAUCUCAUGCUUUCUUUUCUUGACAAGGCUUGCCCUGGCCCUCUGACUUUCAAGUCACAGGGUCUCACUUCCUGCAGAUUUUUGUUUUAAAUCACUGUGGUCUGAUUUACCAGUAGCAUUCACUACAGUAGCGAGCCUGCACGUUGCGCUGCAGGGGAUUCAUAACAAUACCAUCUUUCGGUGUCGGCUGGGCUGGUCUCCAGCUCCUAACCGCGAGUGAUCCGCCAGCCUCUGCCUCCCGAGGUGCCGGGAUUGCAGACGGAGUCUCGUUAACUCAGUGCUCAAUGGCGCCCAGGCUGGAGUGCAGUGGCGUGAUCUCGGCUCGCUACAACCACCUCCCAGCCGCCUGCCUUGGCCUCCCUAAGUGCCGAGAUUGCAGCCUCUGCCUGGCAGCCACCCCGUCUGGGAAGUGAGGAGCGUCUCCGCCUGACCACCCAUCGUCUGGGAUGUGAGGAGCCCCUCUGCCUGGCUGCCCAGUCUGGAAAGUGAGGAGCGUCUCUGCCCGGCCGCCAUCCCAUCUAGGAAGUGAGGAGCGUCUCUGCCCGGCCGCCAUCCCAUCUAGGAAGUGAGGAGCGCCUCUUCCCGGCCGCCAUCACAUCUGGGAAGUGAGGAGCGUCUCUGCCCGGCCGCCCAUCGUCUGAGAUGUGGGGAGCACCUCUGCCCUGCCGCCCCGUCCGGGAUGUGAGGAGCGUCUCUGCCCGGCCGCCCUGUCUGAGAAGUGAGGAGACCCUCUGCCUGGCAACCGCCCCGUCUGAGAAGUGAGGAGCCCCUCCGCCCGGCAGCCACCCCGUCUGAGAAGUCUCAAUACCAUCUCAGACCAUGUGGACCGCGGAUGAGAUUGCUCAGCUAUGCUAUGAACACUAUGGGAUCAGGCUGCCCAAGAAGGGGAAGCCUGAGCCAAACCAUGAGUGGACAUUAUUGGCAGCCGUGGUGAAGAUACAAUCUCCAGCUGACAAGGCCUGCGACACCCCUGAUAAGCCGGUGCAAGUGACAAAGGAAGUUGUAUCAAUGGGAACAGGAACAAAAUGCAUAGGCCAGUCCAAAAUGAGGAAGAACGGAACCAGACCCUCUCCAGCUUCCAUAUGUCUUCACCUGGUGUCCUAUCUUUGCCGCAGGAGAUAUCCUCAAUGAUAGCCAUGCUGAGGUCAUAGCCAGAAGGAGUUUCCAAAGGUACCUUCUCCACCAACUCCAGUUGGCAGCCACCCUGAAAGAAGAUAGCAUCUUUGUCCCAGGAACUCAAAAAGGAGUGUGGAAACUUAGACGAGACCUCAUUUUUGUGUUUUUCUCCAGCCAUACACCCUGUGGGGAUGCCUCCAUCAUUCCGAUGCUUGAGUUUGAAGAUCAGCCUUGCUGUCCUGUCUUCAGAAAUUGGGCCAACAACUCAUCAGUAGAAGCCAGUAGUAACCUGGAAGCUCCUGGAAAUGAAAGAAAAUGUGAAGACCCUGACAGUCCUGUAACCAAAAAGAUGAGGCUUGAGCCUGGGACUGCAGCCAGGGAGGUCACCAACGGAGCAGCGCACCCUCAGAGUUUUGGCAAGCAGAAAAGUGGCCCAAUCUCACCAGGCAUCAACAGCUGUGAUCUCACUGUAGAGGGACUGGCUACUGUCACCAGAAUAGCCCCUGGUAGUGCCAGAGUGAUAGACGUUUAUAGAACUGGAGCCAAGUGUGUACCUGGAGAAGCUGGAGACUCCGGGAAGCCGGGUGCUGCGUUUCACCAGGUGGGGCUGCUCCGAGUGAAGCCAGGCCGUGGAGACAGAACACGCUCCAUGUCCUGUAGUGACAAGAUGGCCCGAUGGAACGUCCUCGGAUGCCAAGGGGCACUGUUGAUGCACUUCCUGGAAGAGCCCAUCUACCUGUCAGCUGUGGUCAUUGGGAAGUGCCCAUACAGCCAGGAAGCCAUGCAGAGAGCACUGAUUGGAAGGUGUCAGAAUGUGUCUGCUUUACCAAAAGGCUUCGGAGUUCAAGAACUAAAAAUACUGCAGUCAGAUUUACUAUUUGAACAGAGCCGCAGUGCAGUGCAGGCCAAAAGGGCUGACAGCCCAGGUCGACUUGUUCCUUGUGGGGCAGCCAUCAGCUGGAGUGCAGUUCCUGAGCAGCCUUUGGAUGUUACUGCCAAUGGCUUUCCACAGGGAACAACAAAGAAAACAAUUGGAAGCCUUCAGGCAAGAUCCCAAAUCAGCAAAGUGGAACUCUUCAGAUCAUUCCAGAAGCUGCUAAGCAGAAUUGCAAGGGACAAGUGGCCACACUCCCUCAGGGUGCAGAAGCUGGAUACCUACCAGGAGUACAAGGAGGCUGCGUCCUCUUACCAGGAAGCCUGGAGCACACUCCGGAAGCAGGUGUUUGGAUCCUGGAUCAGAAACCCACCGGAUUAUCACCAGUUCAAGUGAGAAGGAAAUGUUUGCUCUGGUAGCAGGACCCUUCAUCCUGAACUGCCUUCCUCCACGCAGGACAAGUCUUAGCUUUUUUGGUAGUUAAAUCAGGGAACAGUCUUUCUGAGCUUUGCAUCUCUGUUGUGUAAUACAGAUGGAAUCUGGAACUUAGAGCAGGCUAUACUUGAUUGAAGUAGCUCUCUGCUAAAAUGGCAUCUCACUAAUGACCUCACUAUCUGACUUCCAUUGUGUUUUAUUGCUUCUCUAAAAUAUGAAAUCAGAGUUUGGAACAUGAUGCUUUGAAAGUACUCUGCAGCAGCUCUGUUUUAUGGGUUCCUACAUUGAUUCAGCAAAUAUUUAUUGAGCUGAAAUGAUGUUUGACGCUCUGCAAGUUUUACAGCUUUGCCUAGCAUAGCGAACAUAUAUUUUGUAUUCCCAGCCUUUCUUUCUUCAAGGAGCCAUUCUUUUCCCAUUCUUCAGUGAUCCUGCUCUGUGCCUCAGACUUGGCUGAAGCUAACCUUACUCCCUGGCUCUAGGAAUAGCCUGUGAGCCAGCCCUGGACCGCCCUGGACUUGUUCUGAGAGGUAUCAGGAAAGGCUGUCUGUUUUGAUCUGGAGCUGUAAGGGUCACAUAAUCAUGGGACUGCCGGUGGCCAUCUUUUCCUACUACCUAGAGAAAGCCAGCAAAGAAUGAAGGCAACAAAGGAAACAGCCAAGAGAAUCAAAGAUCUAGUAACACUGUUUAGAUAUCUCAAUUAUGUGAGACAGAUUCGUGUUGUUAUUUUGAUUAAGCCUGUUUGUGUUGGUUUUCUGACUUACAAUUGAAAGAGUUCUGUCCAAAAAGCCAAAAGGUGGCCAGGCUUGGUGGCUCAGGCCUGUAAUCCCAGCACUUUGGGAAGCCCAGGCAGGCAGAUCACUUGAGGUCAGGAGUUCAAGACCAGCCUGGCCAACCUGGUGAAACCCUGUCUCUACUAAAAAUACAAAAACUAGCCAGGCAUGGUGGCGCACACCUGUAAUCCUAGCUACUCGGGAGGCUGAGGCAGGAGAAUUGCUUGAACCCAGGAGGCGGAGGUAGUGGUGAGCAAAGAUCGUACCGCUGCACUCCAGCCUGGGUGAUAGAGCAAGACCCUAUCUCAAAAAAAAAGAAGCCAAAAGGCCCUGCAGCAAAUCAGCAAUAGACCCAGCAGCCAAUCCUGUUUUAACAUCGAAUGUUUAACACUCAACUUCAGACCUUGAAUGAUUGACUGAAAAUGGAAGCUCCCAUGUUGGGGUUACUCAAGGUCCUUAUUGGUUCUUCAGCAUUUUGUGGCUAUAAAUAUUUUUAAAUAACAGUUGUAUUGAGAUAUAAUUCACAGACCAUAAAAUUCACCCAACUAAAGUAUACAUUUUAAAAGUUUUUAGGCCGGGCACGGUGGCUUACGCCUGUAAUUCCAACACUUUGGGAGGCCGAGGCAGGCAGAUCACCUGAGGUCAGGAGUUCGAGACCAGCCUGGCCAACAUGAUGAAACCCCGUCUCUGCUAAAAAUACAAAAAUUAGCUGGGCAUGGUGGUGCACGCCUGUAGUCCCAGCUACUUGGGAGGCUGAGGCAGGAGAAUCACUUGAACCUGGGAGGCGGAGGUUGCAGUGAGUCAAGAUCAUGCCAUUGCACUCCAGCCUGGGUGACAGAGUGAGAUCCUGUCUCAAAAAAAAAAAAAUUUUUUUUAGUAUAUCCACAGAGUUGUGCAACCAUCAAUUUUAGAACGUUUUCAUCACAAAUUUUGUGCCUGUAAUAGUUUCCUAGAGCUGUUUCUUAAUAAAGUACCACAAGCUAGGUGGCUUAAGACAACAGAAAUGUAUUCCUGGCCGGGUGCAGUGGCUUACGCCUGUAAUCCCAACACUUUAGGAGGCCGAGGUGGGCAGAUCACGACGUCAGGAGAUCAAGACCAUCCUGGCCAACAUGGUGAAACCCUGUUCUACUAAAAAUACAAAAAUUAGCCAGGCGUAUUGGCGCACGCCUAUAGUCCCAGCUACUCAGGAGGCUGAGGCAGAAGAAUCUCUCAAACCCAGGAGGUGGAGGUUGCAGUGAGCCAGGAUCGUGCCACUGCACUCUAGCCUGGGUGACAGAGCAAGACUCCAUCUCAAAAAAUAAAAAGAAAAGAAUGUAUCCCCUUUCAGUUCUGGAGGCUAGAAGUCCAAACAGGUUGUUGGUGGGGCUUCUGCUUCCUCUAAAAGCUUUAGGGCAGGGGUCCCCAACCCCAGAGCCACAGACCGUUACUUGUCUGUGGCCUGUUAGGAACCAGGUCACACAGCAGGAGAUAAGUAACAGGUGAGCACUUGAAGUUUCAUCUGUAUUUACGGCUGCCCCCCAUCGCUCACAUUUCUGCCGUAGCUCCUCCUCCUGUCAUACCAGCAGUGGCGUUAGAUUCUCAUAGGAGCGUGAAUCCUAUUGUGAACUGUGCAUGCAAGGGAUCUAGGUUGCACACUCCUUGUGAGAAUAUAAUGCCUGAUGAUCUGUCAGUGUCUCCCAUAACCCCCAUAUGGGACUGUCUAGUUGCAGGAAAACAAGCUCAGGGCUCCUACUGAUUCUACCUUAUGGUGAGUUGUAUAAUUAUUUCAUCAUGUAUUAUGAUGUAAUAAUAAUAGAAAUACAGUGCACAGUAAAUGUAAUUCACUUCAGUCAUCCCGAAACUAUCCCCUUAUCCCCACCCCGGAUCUGUGGAAAAAUUAUCUUCCAUGAAACCAGUCCCUGGUGCCAAAAAGGUUGGAGACUGCUGCUCUAAGGAAGACUUUUUCGUGCCUUGGGGACUGCUGCUCUGAAGAAGACUCUUUCAUGCUUCCUCCUUAGCUUCUGAUGGCUCCUGGCAGUCCUUGGCUUGUGGCUGCAUCACUUCAGUUUCUCCCUCUGUCUUCACAUGGCCUUCCGUGUCUGUGUCUCACAUGGCCUUCUUCCCUGUGUCUGUGUCUUUCCAUGGCCUACUUAUAAGGACCCCAGUAAUUGGAUUUAGGGCCUGCCCUAAUCCAGUCUGAUUACAUCUUAACUAACUAUAUCUGCAAAGACUCUAUUUCCAACUAAAGUCACAUUCUGAGGUUUCCGGUAGACAUGAAGUUUUGGGGGACACCACUCAACCCAUUGCGGAACCCAUUAGCAGUCACUUCCUGUUCCUCAACGCCCCCUACCCCAGGGCAAUCAGUAAUCUACUUUCUGUCUGUUUGGAUUUGUCUAUUCUGAACAUUUCAUAUAAAUGGAAUCAUAGAAUAUGUGGUCUUUUGUGACUGGCUUCUUUCACUUAACAUGUUUUCAAGAUUUAUGUUGUAGCAUGAAUCAGUACUUUAUUACUAUUUAUGGAAUAAAAAUCAGUUGUAUGGAUAUAAA